AUGGACGUCAUUGAUUCUUUGAUGCCAUACUUGGUCCACUUGGUAGUUCUAUACGUGUCUGUUGGUGUCAUCUACUUGGUUUACAAGUACAAAUCCACCGCCACCGCCGCCACCACCAACCUUCCUCCGGGUAAGAAGGGUCUUCCAUACAUCGGAGAAACAUUGGAUUAUGUGUUGGCUUCCAGAUGGGGAACUCCUGAGAAAUUCGUAACUGACAGAACUGCGAAAUAUUCACCCGAUGUGUUCCGUACAUCAUUGCUUGGAGAGGACAUGGUUAUCUUUUGCGGUGCUGCUGGUAACAAGUUUCUCUUCUCUGGCCAAAACAAAUAUGUCACCUCUUGGUGGCCGGAUUCAAUCAAGAAAGCUUUGAUGGAUCCAUCGACUGUUGAUAAUUCUUCUAAAGAAGAAUCCACUAAACUUCGGGCGUAUCUGCCACCUUUUCUGAAGCCAGAGUCCCUUCAACAUUACAUACCUGUCAUGGACACCAUGGCAAAAGAGCACCUAGACCAACUCUGGUCCCCCUAUAACCAAGUCCAAGUUUUCCCACUUUCAAAAAAGUACACAUUCGCACUCGCCUGUCGUCUUUUCAUGAGCGUCCAAGAUCCUGACGAGAUCGAAAAAUUUGCAAAGCCUUUCGCUCUUGCCACUGCUGGUCUCAUAUCGGUACCUAUUGAUCUUCCAGGUACAACUUUCAAUCGCGCCGUGAAAGCAGGCAGACAGAUUCGCCAACGGCUCUUUGCCCUCAUUACCAACAAGAAAAACGAGAUAUUGGAGAAAGGAAAAACAGUUGCUUCAGACUUAGUGGAUAGCAUGCUGAUGGAUGGUAUGACUGAAGUAGAGAUCAGUAAUAAGAUUAUAGGCUUCUUUAUUGCCAGUCAUGACACCACAAGCACUGCAAUCACCUUCAUUGUCAGCUAUCUUUCCGAUUAUCCUGACAUAUAUAACAGGGUCUUGGAAGAACAAAUGGAAGUUUUAAGGUCAAAAGGACCUGGAGAACCUUUGAAAUGGGAAGAUAUUCAGAAGAUGAAGUACACUUGGUGUGUGGCAUGUGAAGUAAUAAGGCUGGCUCCACCUGCCAAUGGAGCUUUUAGAGAGGCCAUAACCGACUUUACUUACGCAGGUUAUACAAUUCCAAAGGGAUGGAAGGCCUAUUGGACUGUGCAUACAACGAACAAGAAUCCCAACUACUUCCCAAAUCCAGAGAAAUUUGAUCCAUCAAGGUUUGAAGGGAAUGGCCCUGCACCCUACACAUUUGUACCAUUUGGUGGAGGUCCUCGAAUGUGCCCAGGGAAAGAGUAUGCCCGACUGGAAAUCCUGACUUUCAUUCACAACUUUCUCACCAAAUUCAAAUGGGAGAAAUUGAAUCCCAAUGAGAAGAUUUCCUACAUUCCAUCACCCAUUCCAGAGGAGGGUCUUCCCAUCAAGCUCCAAGCUGCCCCAUCAAGCCAGCUGAUGAUGCAGUAA